CAUCUCACAGCGGAAAGUUAUCCCAAAAGAACGUGUAUUGUAUUUAGUACAGUUAGUUUAGGCUUGUCGGUGUUCUGCUCCCCGGUAACAAGUUAAAAAUCAUCUCACAGGUUGUGGUGCUAAGUUUUCAAUCAUGUUGAACUUUAAAAUGUAUCUUUUAGCCCUUGUAUUUGCGGUCGCAUUUGCAGAAGAGGAGAUCAAAACUGAGGAAAAUGUGUUAGUCUUGAACAAAGACAAUUUCCAAUCAGCACUAGCCAAUAAUGAAUUUAUUCUGGUAGAAUUUUAUGCACCAUGGUGUGGCCAUUGUAAAGAACUCGCACCCCAGUAUGCCAAGGCUGCAACUGCACUCGCUGAUGAAAAAUCCAACAUCAAGCUUGCGAAAGUUGAUGCAACGAUUGAGACUGAACUGGCCGAGCAGCAUGAUGUGAAAGGUUUCCCAACGCUUAAGUUCUUCAUCAAAGGAAAUGCUGUGGAUUACUCAGGAGGCCGACAAGCCGAUCAGAUCAUCAGCUGGCUCAAGAAGAAGACUGGACCUCCUGCCACCGAACUCAAAUCAGUCUCUGACGCCAAAGAAUUUAUUGAUGCUCAUGAUGUGUCUAUCGUUGGAUUCUUCAAGGAUGCUGAAAGUGAAAAUGCGAAAGUAUUCUUGUCUGCUGCCAGUCUCAUCGACAGUCAUCCCUUUGCCAUCACCGCUGACGACAGCGUUUUCUCUGAACACAAGGUCGAAUCAGACAAAAUUGUCUUGUUCAAGAAGUUUGACGAAGGCAGGAAUGAUUUCGAGGAAGAAUACUCCGUUGAAACCAUUAAGAAAUUCAUUGCCACCCAAGGUUUGCCAUCUGUCGUUGAAUUCAACCAUGAAACUGCCCAGAAAAUAUUCGGAGGUGACAUCAAGAGCCACUUGCUCCUCUUCUUGUCAAAGAAAGCUGGCCACUACGAUACUCACGUUAAAGCUGCUGAAAAAGUCGCUCCUCAAUUCAAAGGACAGGUUCUGUUCGUUUCAAUCAAUGCUGAUGAUGAAGACCAUCAAAGAAUCCUUGAGUUCUUCGGUAUGAAGCCUGACGAAGUUCCAACCAUGAGAGUUAUCAAAUUAGAAGACGACAUGUCCAAAUACAAACCCGCUAAGCCAGAUCUCACCGAGGAAAACAUCCGAUUCUUCGUUUCUGAAUUCGUAGCUGGAAAUCUGAAACAACACUUGUUAUCGCAAGAUCUGCCUGAGGAUUGGGACAAGAACCCAGUUAAAGUUCUAGUAGCCAGUAACUUUGAUGAAGUUGCUUUUGAUAAGUCAAAGACAGUCCUUGUAGAAUUCUAUGCUCCAUGGUGCGGUCAUUGCAAACAGUUAGCUCCAGUUUAUGAAAAAUUGGCUGAAAGCUUCAAAGACAAGGAAGACAUCGUCAUUGCUAAGAUUGACUCAACUCUCAACGAGCUGGAGCAUACCAAGAUCAGUAGUUUCCCAACUCUCAAAUUGUACAUGGCGGGCGACAACAAGAUCAUCGAAUACAAUGGUGAAAGAACUCUGGAGGGUCUCACGAAGUUCCUAGAUACCAAGGGAGAAUAUGGCCAAGCUGCUCCUGACGCUGAUACCGAGGAAGAAGAUGAAGAUGAUGAUCUGCCGAAGAAGGAUGAAUUGUAAAAAGUCGAGUUGUGAUACGUUUCUGUUUUAAUUUCAUGAGAUAUUAUUGUUUUCUGUGGGAUCUAUUUUUGUUAAAUCUUCAGAUAAUUUACUUUUUCAUCUUUGAAACAAUCCUACUGUAAAUAUUUUUAGUAAGUCUGAAGUACCCCCUGAACGAACUUUUCUAAUCUAAUUUCCUCAUCCAAAUCGAUCGACCUUAAUUCUUCUGUGAAAGUAUUUUUAUGGUUAAUAACAAGGUAGAUUUCUGUAAGGCAACAAGAAUAUUGAGUAAUUUUAAUCUCUUUUUUGAUGUGGUCUAAAGAGAAAUUGUAAAUCAGGUUAGUCAUUCAGUCACGCUCUAGUCCUAGAUUAGUACACGGUGUCAAUUUGCUGUUUAAUUUGGAUCUCCUCAUGCAUUUGCUGUUAAAUGACCAGUCUAUUGUCCGUUCUCGCAAUGUUAAUUGGCUCCUCAUGUAUUAAUUAUUUUUUUGAGUACCUGGAAGGGACUAAUUUUAAAAUGUUGAAAACAUCAUGAUGAAGUUUUAUUGUGCGUAUUUUAUUGCCUGGUACAUUUCACAAACUUUCCUUAUGAGAAUUAAAUCGAGAGAAGCUUAAAAAAGUAGGAAAAGCUGUGUAUCAUGUUUAGUUAAAUUAUUAGCUGUAAGUAACAUUUGAUAAAAGACAUUGAAAGAGCCAUUAGUUUCUCUGUUUGAAGACCACACAUAAUGAAUCUACUGUUCUGUCAUUUCUUUAUUGUCAGAUGGAGCAUGAAAUAACCUAAAUUUUAGUUUUUUGAGCAGUCGACAGUAUCUUAACCCUUUGCACCAUGACUUACAUUAUUUAGAAAGCUGUUUUGUCGCCAACCUUUUCAACAUAGUAUAAGGUAUAUUGUAUUGUUCAUUUUCAACACUGUUUCCCUUUAAAUCUGCGAACACUAAAAUAGUGUUAAGAGCAUUAAUUUUUGUGUUCAUGCUUUAAGUGUGAAAGUACUUUUUUUGCAGUCUGGAUUGUUUCCUUGUUUUAUAAAUUUUGUUUUAAUCAAAAUUUGUGCUGAAAAGAGAAAUCUUCUGUGAAAAACUCUAAGGGCCAAAUUUAUUUAAUAACCCCCUAAAACUUUUUGUUUAGACGUCUUCUUGAAAUUAAAGAUAUAACCCUGUUGGAAGAGUAAUUUUUCCGUCAGUUACAUUAUUCCGAUUGGUCAGAAACAAAAAAAUUGCAAUACUGAUGUUUAAAAUAACGUUGGAAUGUUUAAGUUAUGGUGCUCUUGGAGAGAAUCAGUCGGUGCUUAGUAUGUAGUUCCCUAAUUCUGAUUUCAGUGUAUAGUUUAGUUCUUUUAUGUGAAAUGUACCAUGAUGGCAUCAACAUCGGAAAUAUUUAUGAUUUACUCUUCAAAUCACAUCACUUUACUUUAGUUUCGUUUAAUAUUAAGUUUUUGCUUUGCAUUUUCAAUUUUCAAUUUUAACAAUUCAUUCCUGAAAUUAUGCUGAUUUUUAUGCCCCCUCCUUUAUCAUGUAGGAUUAUCAAAUCUUUGACUCUGAAAUCGGACCUUUUGGUUUUUAGUUUUAUGAAAGAAUCAGUCAUCAUCUUCCAACUGUGCCAGUAUUUAUCAUUGGUUUAGUAAUGGUUGUCACUUCUAAAUUUUUACUGAUUUGAAAAGGGUUAAAUGAAGGUGCUUCAUUCAAGUUCUGAAAUUAUCAUAGUAUAUACAACUCUCUACAACUAGAAUGAUACUGAACCAGAUUCAGGGGAAUUUCACCAUGUUUUCCAGUAGUUUUUGAUCAAUUUUUAUUAUUUAUUAACAAUUCAAAGAGGUUCUAAUUACAAGUUUCCAAAGUUAUUUAUAUUUACGCAUUUGUAGAUCAAUGAAUUCACAGGUAACAAACAAUAACAAAAAGGCUCUCUCCUAAUAUUUGCUGGUUAACCGUAGCUCUAUGAAUUCAACUUCAAUAUACUGGAGAGAAUGUUGUAGAGAUGAAAAGAUUUUUGCAAAGCAGUGAAUUGCAUUAGUACUUACAUUCUUCAUUCUUGCCCUGCCGCAAUGUGCUAGGAAUUGUGUUUGCUCUUUACUUUGUCACAUGAUUUUUGUAGUUUUGAUGCCAUCUUUGGUCAAGUAAGAGGAAUCUCAAAAUCUAUUAGUGUGUUGAUAAUCAGAUCAUCAGCUCUUAAAGAGUUCAGUCUCAAUAAUGGAUAUAAUUCUUUUUCAUGAUGAGGUUUAUUUUAGUGGAAGUGCCUAAAGCAUUUUUAUUCGUAUGUAAGUAAGAAUGCCGUGAUCUUGAUGAAUGUUAAGAUAUCUAGAACACUUUACCUUUCUUUAUAAUCAAUGGAGCACUGAAAUGUGUCUGACGCUUGUGAUGACAUAAUAUUAAUGGUAAUAAUGAUAAUAUUUAAUGUUGUGCUGUGGCUCUAAAUUUUUUUGAACAUCCAUCUAAACUUUUUGAAUAAGAAUCCUUCUUAUCGCAACGCAAAUACUGGAUCAGUUUUUUCCCAUGUCUAUUUCUUUCCUUUUUCUUUACAAUACUUUUUGUUGCAGCAUCAGACUUCCAUUAAACUAACUUCUCUGUGGUACAACUUUCUAAAGUGAAUUUCCUCUUUUCCCUGUUUCAUUUUUAAGGACUCUAUAAAUUUAGUGCCAAUUCUCUCAGGCUCCUCUGAUUUGUUUAAUUUUAUGUACUUUUCCUAACUAGAAAAAAAAUACUGCUAGUUUAUUGUCAUUGAAUUGAAUCUGUGUGAUGCAGUCUGUGCAUAUUGACUGAGUGUGGAAUCUAACUUCUCUCGUUUUUUAAUUUGUGCUUAAUUGUCUCGUAAUGUUGUAUUUCAUUUCAUCGUGCAUCUGUCUAAUACAGAAUAUCAUCAAAUGUGACCUUCAAUUGAAAGUUAUUUAUUUGUUUAGACAUAUAAUGACGUUUUUUCGUGAGCAAGGAUACUCAUCUCUCACAGAGACUUUAAUUUUUGUAGCAGAUGUAAUGUAUUGUUUUCCUCUUUACCAUCACUAAUUCUUUUAGUCUUCUUCAUUACUUGAAAUUGCACAAUAAUUUAUGUGAGUCAGUGUAUGCCCAAUUAUCCUUAUAUUAAAUCCUCCUCAUUUGCUGGACAAUACACAAGACCAGUUUGUUUCACUUGAGAGUAUAUUAUUCUCCUCUGAAUACUUGUAAUGAAUAUUUUCAUUCACUCUGGAAGUCCAAACGAAAUUAAAUGUGGGUUUUAUUGAGAAACAUUACGAAGGGAUGCAGGAAAUUGUGAAAUCAGAUUUGAAAAUCAGUAAGAAUUUGUGAAAUCCCAAUGAAAAAAUUUUCUUGUCUAUUUUCCUUCCCUGUAAAAAGUAGUCUUAUUUUAAUAAGGUAUGGAGCUAAUUCUAUUUAUUUAGUUCGAUUAUUUAUUUUUUUUAAUACUUUUUUAAGGAAAUCACAAUGUAAUUAGUGUACAGUCGAUGCUAGAUUUAUUGUUUUCUAAUAAACUACUCCACCCACACA